GAUGGGGCUGCGCCGCAAACCCGAGACCCAGCGUCCUGGAUUAAGGCAGCCGUACCUUACAUUGAAUUUACAAUUCCUGUCUGGUGUUAUUGCACUUUUAUUCCCCAAAGGAUUCCGAGCGGCGAGGACCACUACGUAGGCAGCGAAAAGGCAAAAUGCUGUGCAUCAGUAAUCGGCCCCGACCCCACGCUUUUCCCCGGUGUGGACCCGGCGUCUGGGAAACUGGAGCUAGCGGGACAGCCGAGGCUCGGUAUCUUCUCCCCCGCAAACGUCACCGCCCGGGGUAAGGUCGGUCUAAACUCUGGGGAGAGAGUAAUUGAUUGAUUACCUGUACUGAUUUCCAAUCCAGGACCCCUUUUCCGUCGCUCUUCCUCCUACACAUUUCUGUUUCUUUCCUCCCCCUCGUUUCUUCAAUUGCUUUCCCUGACUAGGUUUACCAUAACACCAAUUGAGUACAGAAAACCAAGAAAACAUCGUCAACAAUGGCUGAAGCACAGCUCAACGAUUUCCCUUCCCUCUUCUCCCUCAAGGGCAAGGUCGCCGUCGUCACCGGCGGUUCCCGUGGCCUCGGUCUGCACGCCGCCUCAGCCUUCCUCCAAGCAGGCGCCUCCAAAGUCUUCAUUUCCUCCCGCAAGGGCGCCGCCUGCGACGAAGCAUGCAAAGCCCUCAACGCCCUGCCCAACCUCCAGCCCGGCGCCGUCGCGAUCCCGAUCCCCGCGGACGCGGCGUCCAUCAAGGGUGUGGAGCACCUCGUCGCCGAAGUCAAGAAGCACGCCGACCGCGUCGAUAUCCUCUUCGCCAACGCGGGCGCUACCUGGGGUGAGGCGUUUGACACGCACCCGGACGAGGCGUUUGCCAAGGUGAUGGAUUUGAACGUCAAGGGUGUGUUUAACACCAUUCGGCUGUUUACGCCGUUGCUCGAGAAGAGCGUUGCUGCGAACAAGGGCGGCAACGGGGAGCCGGCAAAGGUUAUCAUCACGGCUUCCGUUGCGGGCUUGGGGAUCGGCACGCUGGGGAAGCAGGGCACGUACGGGUAUAGUGCCAGCAAGGCGGCCGUGUUGCAUCUCGGUCGUAACUUGGCGCUGGAGCUUGCGCCGAGGGGGAUUACGGUGAAUUCUAUCGCCCCUGGCUUCUUCCCGAGUAAGAUGUCGAAUGGCCUGCUGGAGAUGGGCGGCGGUGCGGAUAAGAUUGGAAAGGGGAACCCGAUGGGAAGAUUGGGACGGGCGGAGGAUAUUGCGGGCGCGGUGGUGUACCUUGCUAGUCGGGCUGGGUCGCAUGUUAACGGGGAGGUUAUUGCCAUUGAUGGCGGUUCGUUGUGGCAGAGGGGGGAGUUGAAUGUUCCUCCUAGCAAGUUGUGAGGAAGCUUGUCAGCUGAGGUUGGUUCUUGUACUAGAGAGAGUGUGUAGAUUGGAAAAUGGAGUUUUGAACAAGAA